AUGUUGGGCGAUUUCGCCUCUCCCAGCUCUUCACUACUUGUUGAAAAUGAUAAGAUUUUCUCAAGUGGAUCUGCUUCUCGACGGUAAUUUUUUUACUGAGAAAAAUUAUAAAUGGAUUUUUUUUUUCAGUUUGCCAGGUAUCUCAAAAAACGUUUCAAUGUCCCAUACACGUAGUCCAAACAUGAAUGGCUCAUUUUCUCGCCCGACAAUCACUACCACAAUUUUUGAUCAAAUCAUCAAUUGGUUCCGAGCUGAAGUACUGAAUUGAAUAUGAGAGAAUUCUAAUCAUUUUUAUAUUUUCAGUUGUUUAUUAGGACACGCUUAGCUGCUGCAGCUUGUGCGUUUCUGUCUGUUCUCAUUUUUUCUUUUUUUAAAGUUUUGCUCAGUUGUUCUGUUUGGUCACCAUUUGCCUCUGUCAAAGGUAAAUCUGAAUGAGUUGAUAUUUUUCAAAAUUAUUUCUACAGGAGCUAUUUUCUGGUUUAUUUUUCCUCUUCACUGGUUUCCGAUGGCAGCUUUCGGUGCUUUCUCCAUGGCAGUGAUAUACAUCAUGAUAACUCAAUUGUUUGACGGUAAGCUCAAUUAUUAAUAUUUCUUAAGGCUGUAUGUUAUACGAAAUUGCAGUUGACCAGCUUCCGCGACUCUCACCAACAAAUUUGAAGACGAUUUUGGCGAUUGCUCUAGAGUUCGCUCACAAAAUGGUUUUCACAAUCUUUCUGUUGUACACCACGUCCUCUUAUUAUCAAACGAGGUACAAUUUUUCAGUUUUCACAAUUUUCGGUUCUGUUUCUUGCAGAGUUUACUUGACUUCGAUCAGCAUCGGGUGCUUGGUUUCUUCGUGCCUUGUUGUCCUCCGCAAUGACUUUUUGCUCCGUUUCCCGAAUUCCAAAAUUGUAAAGGGUUUUCUAAUCAAAGUCGCUGAAUCAUGAAUUUAAGGAUUCUAUAAGAUCUUUGAUCAGCGCAAUUACGUCAGAAUCUUUUCUGGUUUUCUUGAAAAAUUGCGCGAUCGAGGCCUCGUGUCCUUUCGGAGCGACGGUUGCUCUUCAGAUUGUUUUGGGUAUCUGUUUCAUAAAUACUGACAUUUUUCAUUUCUUCAGGUCUUAUUUUCGUUGGCUUCCGUUCGUUGCUUGUUGUUUUUGAUGCUGUUUUCUUUUUCACCGUGUUUUCAAACCUGUUCUGCCAACAUAUCUAUUACAAACUCAGCAUCAAGAUCACGAAUCAAAUAAUUAUGACCGUAAGUUCUUUUUUUCGAAGAAGUAAGUUUAAGUUUUAUCUAAUAGUGGAGAAGAAUAAUUUAUUUGUUUCGGCUUUGGGCGCUGAAUAUUUAGAGAUCUAUCAAAUAUCGAAAAAUCGAAGCUUUUUCGAAUAUUUUUUUUCCAGCCGAUCCAAUUUUCGCUUCCGCCGCCGUAUGCAGUUCAUUCGCCAACGCCACAACAAACUCGCACUCUGACCAAUGUUCUGGAAACUUCCGACAAGCAGCUCAAGGCUCGUUUUUAUCUUCUCUCCAUUCGGAAUAUCAUCGAGAUUUUCACAGUUGUAUACUUGGGGCGAGCAAGUUUUGAAAUAAAUGUUGUCUACCACAUGAAAGUUUUGGUGAAAAAAAGAAAAAAAUAAAAAAGACGAAACUUCCUGGUCAUGUUGUGCUACAAAAUUUAAAGAGUUAGAACUCCUACCCCAUUUUUUUCGAGGAUAUUUGAUAGCACUCAAGAUCAGAAUCAAAGUAAUACCUUGAAGGUAUUCGCUUUCACGGAUCUACGCGACGUGGCCUGGAACGAUGCCAAGAGACGUCAAGAUGUCUUCUCCCUGAGCCAACCCGGCGGUCAUCCACGAAACUGGAAGGCCAUCUCUGCGGCGUGCACCAACGUCCUCGAGGAGUUCAACUCGAAAAUCGUGGCGGCUUCUGCGCGACUCACCGGCUCUUCCUGGGCCGACCACGACGAAGACGAUCCGUCGGCGCCCAAGGACAUGCUUCUCAUGCCGCAAAAGUCGCGCGACCUCGGUCAGUUGUUGGAAAAAAUAGGAAAAUACAAGGGAAAAUCUUGAAUUUGAUAAAAAAAAAUAUAGUGAAUAUCUUCAGUUUUUGUGAAACUAACCUUCAAAAACAUUUUUUUGGAAAAUUCCCUUUAAAAAUACCAAAAAAGAGCUUUUUUGCUUAUCUUUUCAUCCUGGAAGUCAUUUUAUACCCGCUGAAUCUCGAUAGGUUUCAUUUUUUCAGCGUUCCCCAGACAGAGACAAGCACCCAUUUUCCGACCUCUCACAGCUCCGGCGCCGAAUAAGUGGUCAGGCUUCAGAAUUUUUCAGAUUUUCUAUAUCUAACAUUUUUUGAUAUCUUUUUUAAGUGAUAUCUUAAGUAAGUAUCUUUUUUAAAAAUUUGAGUUAAAAUUAAAAUUUUCCGGAACUUACAUUUAUUUCAUUAUUUUUCUUCCCCUUUUCAUCCCUUUCUCACACAUUUAGUUCUGCAGGUCUCGCAAAAUCGCUCCGAUUGCUCCAGCUCUCGUCGUUUCUAGAUAUGAAGCUCACUUGUGCGCUCUGGCAGCAGAAGGUUUGUGCUGGAUGAUGGCCUCCUUGAGGGAUCACUUGCAGGUUUAUACAUGCUGGUCGUCGACUCUUUGCACGAGGAUCGUUAUGGCGUCGUGCAGAAAGAUCUCAAGGAUUUGGUUUCUUUGCUGUGUCGCGUUUUGCUCAACAUUGAUACAUUUGAACGCGCCAGAGCCGUUAGUUUCUCUCGUUAAGAAACCGAAAAGCCUGAAAUCAGGCAAUUCAUCAUGAAAAUAGUGCUAACAGGCCGAGGGGCUGAUAACGGCUUUUUAAUGGAUAAAUGUUCAAAAUGAAGUCUCUCGACAUCAAAAUAUCAUAAGAGCUUCAAUGAAUUUGUAUUUUUCAUUUUUUUUUUAAAUUCAAAAUAAUUAGUUUUUAUUGCUUUUCAUAUAUGACGUGUGUAGAGAAAAAUGAUUAAAAGUGCAAAGCGGAGCGAAAUUUGUGUAGAUGCUUUUGAGAUGUGGCUUUCACAUUGCAUAGCCGAAAAAUUCCAAUUCUUUAUCCCUACAGUCGACUGUCGACCGUUCUGACCGAGGAGACGUCACUUUUCUGCGGUUGGUUCACACUUCGCUCCUUUCUUCGCUCAAAAGAGUUCAUUCUGCUUUUGGACCCCAUUUGAGGUUAAAUAACCUGUAAUUCAAACAGUGUAAUAAUCAUUUUUAGAUCUCUGAAGCUCUCUGACGACGACAUCCGCACCAUUCGUCUUGUCUGCCAGGCAGAAGAUUUCUGA